AUGGCCCCGGCAGCUCGUGUGAGCCUUCCCACGUAUGAUCCGGGCUUGAAUUUGAUCAAAUUCUGCCCUGCUAACGGGCUUUUCUUGUGUUCGAGUGGUGGGCCCGACUCAGUAAAGAAGGCCCCGUUCGUGAACAAGUCCCCUUCCGAUCGCCAUUGCCAUUUCUUCCAUUCCUCGGGUGUUGCUAUGUUCAUAGCUUUUUACCUCUUUGGUGUAUUGGUAAUCGGCGGCCUUGAAUCUGUUGCCUUGGCUAAUGAUGGUCGGGUGCGCGCUACCUCCGAUUGCGUAGAGCUCCCAAUGGGAGUAGUCGUUGUUGACGACAUGGGCGAAUCCCCACCUGACACGUGGCAUCCUCUGUAUGCACCCUAUUCCGAACCUGUUGAACGCGAUCGUCACUUGCAUGAUCGAGUCCUUGGAGUCCGUGUCUUGGAGAUGGUGAUGGCGGUGGAUCCCUCGAUGAUGUCGAUUAGCCCGUCGACUCCCUUGGAGAGCGACACGUGGUCGAUCCACACACGGCUCGACCCGUAG